AUGUAUCGAAAAGUAUCCAUAUAUCGAAAAUAUCGAAAAGAUAUAGAAAAGUAUCGAAAAGAUAUCGAAAAGUAUCGAAAAGAUAUCGAAAAGUAUCAUAAAGAUAUCGAAAAGUAUCGAAAAGAUAUCGAAAAGUAUCGAAAAGAUCGAAGAAAAGAUAUCGAAAAAUGUCGAAAAUAUCGAAAAGAUAUCGAAAAGUGCCGAAAAGAUAUCCAAAAGUACCGAAAAGAUAUCCAAAAGUACCGAAAAGAUAUCGAAAAGUACCGAAAAGAUAUCGAAAAGUACCGAAAAGAUAUCGAAAAGUAUCGAAAAGAUAUCGAAAGGUAUCGAAAAGAUAUCGAAAAGUAUCUAUAUAUAAUGAAAAUAUCGAUAUAUAAUGAAAAGUAUCGAAAAGAUAUCGAUAAGUAUCGAAAAGAUAUCGAUAAGUAUCGAAAAGAUAUCGAUAAGUAUCGAAAAGAUAUCGAUAAGUAUCGAAAAGAUAUCGAAAAGUAUCGAAAAGAUAUCGAAAAGAUAUCGAAAAGUAUCGAAAAGAUAUCGAAAAGUAUCUAUAUAUAUCGAAAAUACCGAAAAGAUAUCGAAAAGUACCGGAAAGAUAUCGAAAAGUACCGAAAAGAUAUCGAAAAGUACCGAAAAGAUAUCGAAAAGUACCGAAAAGAUUUCGAAAAGUACCGAAAAGAUUUCGAAAAGUACCGAAAAGAUAUCGAAAAGUACCGAAAAGAUAUCGAAAAGUACCGAAAAGAUAUCGAAAAGUACCGAAAAGAUAUCGAAAAGUACCGAAAAGAUAUCGAAAAGUACCGAAAAUAUAUCGAAAAGUACCGAAAAGAUAUCGAAAAGUACCGAAAAGAUAUCGAAAAGUACCGAAAAGAUAUCGAAAAGUACCGAAAAGAUAUCGACAAGUACCGAAAAGAUAUCGACAAGUACCGAAAAGAUAUCGACAAGUACCGAAAAGAUAUCGACAAGUACCGAAAAGAUAUCGAAAAGUAUCGAAAAGAUAUCGAAAAGUAUCGAAAAGAUAUCGAAAAGUAUCGAAAAGUAUCGAAAAGAUAUCGAAAAGUAUCGAAAAGAUCGAAGAAAAGAUAUCGAAAAUACCGAAAAGAUAUCGAAAAGUACCGAAAAGGUAUCCAAAAGUACCGAAAAGAUAUCGAAAAGUACCGAAAAGGUAUCGUAAAGUACCGAAAAUAUAUCGAAAAGUAUCGAAAAGAUAUCGAAAAGUAUCGAAAAGAUAUCGAAAAGUAUCGAAAAGAUAUCGAAAAGUAUCGAAAAGAUAUCGAAAAGUAUCUAUAUAUAAUGAAAAUAUCGAUAUAUAAUGAAAAGUAUCGAAAAGAUAUCGAUAAGUAUCGAAAAGAUAUCGAUAAGUAUCGAAAAGAUAUCGAUAAGUAUCGAAAAGAUAUCGAUAAGUAUCGAAAAGAUAUAGAUAAGUAUCGAAAAGGUAUCGAUAAGUAUCGAAAAGAUAUCGAAAAGUAUCGAAAAGAUAUCGAAAAGUAUCGAAAAGACAUCGAAAAGUAUCGAAAAGAUAUCGAAAAGAUAUCGAAAAGUAUCGAAAAGAUAUCGAAAAGUAUCGAAAAGAUAUCGAAAAGUAUCUAUAUAUAUCGAAAAUACCGAAAAGAUAUCGAAAAGUACCGAAAAGAUAUCGAAAAGUACCGAAAAGAUAUCGAAAAGUACCGAAAAGAUAUCAAAAAGUACCGAAAAGAUAUCGAAAAGUACCGAAAAGAUAUCGAAAAGUACCGAAAAGAUUUCGAAAAGUACCGAAAAGAUAUCGAAAAGUACCGAAAAGAUAUCGAAAAGUACCGAAAAUAUAUCGAAAAGUACCGAAAAGAUAUCGAAAAGUACCGAAAAGAUAUCGAAAAGUACCGAAAAGAUAUCGAAAAGUACCGAAAAGAUAUCGACAAGUACCGAAAAGAUAUCGAAAAGUACCGAAAAGAUAUCGAAAAGUAUCGAAAAGAUAUCGAAAAGUAUCGUUAA